AUUAAACAAGACUUAUAAAAAUGAUAUGAAUGCCUAAAUUUAUUACAUAGAUACAGAGUGUCUUAGAUUUUGUACGAAAUAUUUCGCUUCUAUAAAAUAGGUUUGUUUAUAAAUUACUUGUUCCUAAUGUGUUGACAUAUGAAGUGUGUCUGUUUUUAUAAAAAGUUUCGCGGGGAUUUGUUGUGUAUCAUUAAAAAAUGGCUUUGGGUGGAUCAACAUUCCUGCAGAACGCUACAAUGCUUGAGCAACUGCUCGAAGAAAUCAAUUUUCAGCGGACCAAGGAGAUGCGGCAGUUGAUGAAGGAUGACUCAGGUUUCGUGGUCCUGCAGGGAACGACUUACUGGACAGAUCUAUUUGUACGCCACUUCCUAUUUCAAGAGGAACAGUCGAUCGACUGCGACGAUUUACUGUUUUUUGUUCGCAAACGUCACGUCAAAGGUUCAUCGCGCUACCUGCCCAAGUAUGAGGUACGUACCUUUCGUAUGCUAUUUAAAUUUUUAUCAACUUCAAUGUUUAUAAGAUAA